UAAGAGAAAAACACUCGCAGCAGCCGUUGUGUCGCGCGAGCUAACGCCAUGGCGGCCGUGCGCAGCUUGAUGGUGGCGGUGAAAUCGGAAGGCGGCUCGGACCGCUCGUGUUCCGGCUCCGACUCCGACUCGGACCAUGACGCCCGCGAGGCCGAGCCGAUGGAGGUGGAGGAAGGAGAGCUGGAGACGGAGGACGUCUCCGUCAACCGGUCCCUGAAGGAGCUGCUCCCGGACACAAGCCGGCGCUACGAGAACAAAGGCGGAGCCUUCAUCACCGGCAUCGACGUCAACUCAAAGGAGGCGAUCGAGAGGAAAGAGAAGCGAGCGAGACGCUUCCACUUCACGCCGGAAGAGAACGUCGAGCAGAGGAGCGUCAUCAUGGACAGAGACACCAUGAAGAAGGCCAUCCCCAGCCUGCGUAUGGAGGCUCUCUACGUGACGGGAGUGGACGACAUGAGCACUCAGGACAUCUUCGGCUACUUUAAAGAAUAUCCUCCAGCGCACAUCGAGUGGAUCGAUGACGCCUCCUGCAACGUGGUUUGGCUGGACGACAACACGUCCGUCAGAGUGCUCGUCAACUGCAGCCGGGCCCCCGACCCCGAGGCCCCGGAGAAGGAGAACCCUGAGACGGAGACUCUGGAGACCCCGGAGGUGGAGAGCGCCGCUCAGCCGGUCGAGCAGAGUAAAGGUCGGUCCGCGGGUCGCCGAGGGUCGGAGGAUGAGGAAGAGGAGGAUGAAGAGGGCGAGGUUGAGGAGGAGGACGAGGCCGUGAAGAAGAGCAGCGAGGAGGUCGAGGUGAAGGACGCCGACGAGCAGAAGCCGAAGCAGGAAGCCGUCGUUCAGGUGGAGGACCUGACGCUGGCGGAGAGAGAGUCGCUGCUGAGGAACGACCUCCGGCCGGCCACCCGGCCCUUCAAGGGCAACAAGCUGCUGCUGCGCUUCGCCACGCACGACGAUAAGAAGGAGCUGGGCGCCGCUCGGCGGAGCCGCUACUACAUGAAGUACGGGAACCCGAACUACGGCGGCAUGAAGGGGAUCCUCAGCAACUCCUGGAAGAGGAGGUUUCACAACCGUCGGAUUCAGAGAGACGUCAUCAAGACCAAGAAACCUCUGAUCGGAGACAACCUGGGACACACCCCCCCCUACACACACCGCCACUCAGCCGACCUGGUCAACCUGCCCGAGGAGCCCAUCAAGGAGGAGGAGGAGGAGGAGGAAGACGAGGACAUGGAGGAGGACGACCGGGUGGUGGAGUACAAGGAGCGAGGCCAGAAGGCCAGCGGGGAAGGCUCCCGCCCGGCGGGGGCGGGGCCGGGGCUCCGCAGCCGCGCCGGGCGCUCGCCGUCCCCGUGGUCGGAGUCUGACGAGAUGGACUACGACCUGGAGCUGAAGAUGAUCUCCACGCCGUCGCCCAAGAAGAGCAAGAAGAUGACGAUGUACGCCGACGAGCUGGACGGCCACCUGAAGAGCAUCCGGAACCGGGUCGGGGAGUCCGGAUCCCAGACCAGAGCCAAGUCCACGUCGCCGCCCCCCCAGGUCACUGACGUCAGGCAGCUGCUGGAGGAGAAGAGAAAAGGACUCGCUCAGCACAGAGGGCCCCCCCUGGUGGCCCCCAGCGGGAAGUCAGAUGUACGGCAGCGGUUGGGAAAGCGGCGCUACUCCCCUGACAGACAGCGCUCGCCCUCUCCCGUCUCCCCCAGAGACACGCCCCCCGCCAGGGAACCAAUCAGAGAUGUGCACCGCCGGUUGGGUGUGGCCAGUCAGGACAACCGGAGCGUCAAAGACAGGAAGUCAAGCGAGCUGUGGAGCAGACUCGGCUCUAGUGACGACGCCGGACGUCACGAGCGCCGAUCGAGCAGCCGGCAGGCGGAGCUCUUUUCCUCCUCGGGGAAGGGAGGCGAGGGCGGCGGCAGCAAGGCACGAGGAGACGGAGAGGGGGAGAAGAAGGAGGAGGAGGAGAAGAAGGAAGAGGAGGAAGACGACUCCACGCUCCAGAAGGUCUGGGGCGCCAUGAUCAAACAGAAACAGGAGCGCAUGACUCACGAGGUCAAGAAGAGCCGGCUGGACAACCUGCCGUCACUGCAGAUCGAGAUCAGCAGAGACAGCAGCGACGACUCCGACGCCUGAGGGGAGGAGGAAGAGGAGAGGAGGAGGAGGGGGGUCUCCUCUGAACUUCACGUCACUCUUUUCUUCAAGUACAAUGACACAAAGAUCUGACUGCAGAUCUGAGGCCAGUGUGUCGGGUUCUUUUCUUUGUCUGUGCGGUCCAGAAGGGAGAAACGGGUUCAACCAGGCACCGAGCCAGGGGGCCCUGAAUACCGUUUACUGUUCCUCAUGGUGAUUUAUUUGAUUUAAUUGUUCUUUCUUUUUAAGAUCUGCAAACAAAUCCAAUCAAACGUGUAUAAUAAACCACAAGUCGUUUGAAUGGAUACAAAGUUAGACAACGGUAAACGAAGCUUUAGUUAAAGCGUUCAAACCAACGGCCGACAGCUCUGGUUCACCUGCAGAGCGGCUCUUAAAGAGGCGGGACUCAGCCCUUAGAGAGGCGGGACUCGGCUCUUAAGGAGGCGGGAUGUCGGCCCUUAGAGAGGCGGGACUCGGCUCUUAAAGAGGCGGGAUGUCGGCCCUUAGAGAGGCCGGACGUCGGCCAUUUAAGAGGAUCGGUUUAAAAGUGCCGACGUCCCGCCUCCUCUUGAUAUAUUAAACAUCUGUGUUGAUUUUUAGCACCAAACAAAAAAACAUGCGUUGAAAUGUGUUCUUGUCGGGUUAUCGCAGUGCAUCAUGGGAAACCCAUCGGACUCAGUGAAUCAUUCCUCUGCGCUGUCAGCCCAUCGACGUCCUCGUCGUCUGCAGCGAGACUUCAUUUAGGAAACGUGUGUUUUAGGUUUUACUAGUUCCUCCUUGUUUCCUUCUCGUGGUUUUUCCUCUGAAACGGACUCUGGGGGAAAGAGAAGCGGAAACGCGUUAGUUAGAGGUGACUUCCUGUUUGUUUUAUUUGUGUGCGGCCACAGCUCUGACGUCACAGCUGGUCAUGAAUUCAGAUGGCUGUUCAAAUGUUAAGUAAUGUUUUAUUUUAUGUGACUGCGAUGAGAAAAUCUGGAGGUCAUUAUAUGGAAAAUAAAUUGAUAUCAGUUAAUCAAUUCA